AUGUUUUCUCGUAAAAAUAAGUUGGAAGAGCAGUUAAAACAGGGCCAACGAGAAAAUAGGAGAACGCAGCGUGAGCUAGAACGUGACAGACUUCAACUUGAGCGCAGUGAAGCUCAAUUAAAAGCCGAAAUCAAACGUCUAGCGGCCCAAGGCAAUAAGGAUGCUUGUACCAUUUUGGCUAAACAACUUGUCAAAAAUCGCCAGCAGAUUGCCAGAACAUAUGAAAUUGGAGCGAAAAUGAAUGGAAUUGCUAAUCAGCAAACGCUAAUGAAGUCAAAUAUGAAAGUUGCUAAUGCUGCCAAGACCAGUGCUGGAAUAAUGUCCACCAUGAAUAAACAAAUGGAUAGUUCUAAAACCAUUGAAGUUAUGAAGAAUUUCUCCAAGGAGAAUAUGAAACUAUCCAUUGCUGAGGAAGCAAUGGACGAAGCUUUGGAUAAUAUCUUCGGAGAUACUGCGGAUGAAGAAGACGCCGUUGUCAAUCAAGUUCUUGAUGAACUUGGAAUUGAGACUGCCUCAAAAAUAGCUGGCGCUCCCACUCCUUCUAGCGGUUCUUUGGCCGCCAGCAGUGUCCCAGCUCGUGAUACAGAAGAUAUCGAAGCUCAGUUGGCAAGGCUUCGGGGAAUUUAA